CCGCCUCUGGCCGGAAGCGCUGAGGCAAACGGCGUGGGUCUGGCGCUUGGGGACCCGGUGCGUGCGGAGCGGGCCCGUGGCGGCUCCAGGCUGGCGCGGCGAUGCUGACCCCCGCGUUCGAGCUGAGCCAGGACCGCGACUUCCUCACGGUCGCCAUCCGCGUGCCGCACGCGCGCGUCUCCGAGUUCGACGUGUACUUCGAGGGGGUGGACUUCAAGUUCUACGCCAAGCCGUACUUUCUGAGAUUAACACUUCCCGGAAGGAUUGUAGAAAAUGGAGGUGAGCAGGGGUCCUAUGAUGCAGAUAAAGGAAUUUUUACCAUUCGGUUGCCCAAGGAAACUCCUGGCCAGCAUUUUGAGGGGCUGAACAUGUUAACUGCUCUUCUGGCCCCAAGAAAAUCCAGGUCUGCCAAACCACUUGUGGAAGAAAUAGGUGCUUCCGGUGUUUCUGAGGAAGGAGCUGACGAUGAGGAUUCAGAUUUUGACUGGGAAAUUGAGCAGACUCCCUAUGAAGAGGUCUCAGAAAGUGCUCUGCAAUCACAGUGUCACUAUGGAUUUGGAAACCUGCGGGCCGGUGUGGUUCAGCGGUUACAGGAUGAACUGAGUGAGGUUAUUGAUAUUAAGGAUCCAGAUUUCACUCCUCUGACUGAACGAAGGCAGAAACGCCUGGCUGCUGAGCUGGCCAAAUUUGACCCGGAUCAUUAUCUAGCUGACUUCUUUGAAGAUGAGACAGUUGAGCAGAUUUUGAAGUAUAAUCCCUGGUGGAAUGAUGCACAUGCAGAGAUGAUGGCCUCUUUGGGAAAGAGCCAAGAGCAUGGAGACAAUGCUGCAUUAGUGUCUUUUUCAGAAGAGGAGAAAUAUCAGCUACGAAAAUUUGUGAAUAAGUCUUACCUGCUGGACAAGACAGCUCGCCAUCAAGUGUACUACAGUUUAGUUGACAUCCUUCUGGCCUAUUGCUAUGAAAUACGUGUCACUGAAGGAGAGCACAAUGUGGAGUCUGCAUGGACGGUCAGAAAGCUGAGCCCCACCCUCUGCUGGUUUGAGACUUGGACAGAUGUUCAUGAGAUCCUGGUGUCUUUUGGAAGGAGAGUUUUGUGCUAUCCACUUUAUCGUCAUUUCAAGCUGGUGAUGAAAGCCUACAGAGACACUAUAAAGAUACUGCAACUAGGUAAGAGUGCAGUUUUAAAGUGUCUCCUGGAUGUUCACAAAAUCUUUCAGGAAAAUGACCCAGUGUACAUUUUGAAUGAUCUCUACAUCUCAGACUACUGUGUAUGGAUUCAGAAGGCCAAGUCCAAAAAGUUGGCCGCCCUCGCAGAAGCCUUGAAAGCGGUCUCCCUCAGUAAGGCCCAGCUGGGGUUAGAGCUGCAAGAGCUAGAGACUGCUGCUCUUCUUGUCCAGGAGGAAGAAACUGCCAGAGAAGCAGCCCAGUGCGGGCCCACGCAGCGGGCGCCAGGCUCCAGUCCCGAGCCCAGUGACUCGGACAGCACCACAUCGUCUGACACAGAAGAAGACUCAGCUUCAGAGCCCGAGGAGCUUGUUGGGACUCAGCCCUCGCUGCUCACUCCUCUGCAGGACCCCCUUUUGGAAGAAGACAGUGCCCUGCUCAUCCAGCAGAGUGGGCUCUGCAGAAACAUGGCCAGCCAGGGAUGUGAAGUCAGUCCAGGGCAGACACUGGCCUCUGCCCGGGCUCCUCUAAUAGAGGAGGUUGGAGAGGAGCUGAGGACUGUCCUUCAGGUUUCCACACCACCUGGUGGCAAUGCUGGGAGCCACAGCAGUAUGCGGAAUGGAGAAGAGAGGGGACAGGUGCCCCGUGAUUGACUCCAGUGGUUGGCUCAUGGGGAACUAGGUCAGCUGUGAUCUCAUAUGGCCGUGGAAUUUGAUUUCCAUUGUGUACUUCUCCUGUGUGCAUAGAGGUUGUUGCUUUUCAGCGAGCUAACAUUUAUACCUUUAAUUUUUUUGGUUUGUAACUUGAAAAGUAAAACCCUAAAGUAUUCUU